CCACUUCCACCCGGAAGUAGGCCAUUUCUGUGGACUGCUUCCUCAAUGCUUUUCUGCGUGUUGUCGAUUUGUAAGUCGUGUUAUUGCAUGGCAUUUAAUGCAAAACUUGCACGCAGAAGGAAGAAUCCUACUCACCUUGGGACCAUCUGAAUGCUGAGUGUGCGGACUCUGUUUGGCAUCGGCUUCCUUGUGACCUCUCGGGCCGCAGCAGUCUUUGCGCAAACCGAGAAAUGUCCUCUAUCUCCAUCCGCUAACCACCCCCAGAAAGACUGUUACACUAUCAGACCAGCGUCCACCAUGGCCCACAGCAUCAAAUACCUUGGACAGGAGGAGGCCCAGCACAUUGAUGAGGAGCUCUUCAGCGAGUAUGGCUUCAGCGUGGACCAGCUGAUGGAGCUUGCUGGCCUCAGCUGUGCUACAGCAAUCACAAGGGCAUAUCCUUUGAGUUCCUUGGUGAAGCCCAAGCCCACAGUGCUGGUGAUAUGUGGACCAGGCAACAACGGAGGCGACGGUUUGGUCUGUGCCAGACAUCUUAAACUUUUUGGUUAUGAGCCCUCCAUCCUAUACCCAAAGCAGCCCAACAAACCGCUGUUUCAUGGUCUGACCACUCAGUGCCAGAAAAUGGAGAUCCCCUUUCUCACUGAGAUGCCUGAGGCCCCGGUGAUUGAGGAGGCCUUCAACCUGGUGAUUGACGCCAUCUUCGGCUUCAGCUUUAAGGGGGCUGUGAGAGAGCCUUUUGGUUCUAUCAUAGAUAUCCUGAAGAAGACCACCGUCCCCAUUGCCAGCAUUGACAUCCCCUCAGGUUGGGAUGUAGAGCAGGGGAGCGUCGACGGCCUCCAGCCUGACACGCUCAUCUCGCUGACCGCUCCCAAAAACUCUGCCACUUUGUUCAAAGGACGCCAUCACUUCCUGGGGGGACGCUUUGUGCCACCCGGCCUGGAGAAGAAGUACCAGCUCAACCUACCCCAGUACCCUGGAACGGAUUGUGUGUUAAAAUUCUAAGAUUUGCUGAGAGGUUUGUGUUGCCAAAGUUAUUUCCUGGUGUGUAAACUUGGUGGUUCCUUCAGAAAAUAAAACUUUAAGUAGUCCCAA